UUUUGCUGAAAUUAGUAAUCACUACCAGACGCGAAUUUGCCGAGGAAGAUUGCUGUUUUUCGUGCAUCUGUUAAUAAAAUCACAGAAAACAAUGGCCAGCGAGCAAGCCAAGGAAGCCAAAUUGAACGAGAAGAUUAUUGGAGAGUUCCAACAGCUCAGAAAUGAACAACGAAACCUUGUAAACAAUUUAAAUACGCUGGAGAUGGAUUUGAAAGAACACAAAACUGUGAUAGAAACCCUCAAAACAGUGGAUCCAGAGCGCAAAUGUUUUCGACUGAUCGGUGGUGUCUUGGCAGAGCGAACUGUUAAGGAUGUUCUACCGCAGUUAAUUGAAAACAAAGACUUCAUCGAGAAAACAAUCACACGCGUAAACGAAGACCUCACCGCUAAAGGACAACAGAUCAAUAAAUUUAAAGAACAACACAAUAUUAAGAUUCGGGGAGAGCAAAUGUCCAAUGAAACACCAAAGAGUGAAGAGGAAGAGAAAAAAUCGGAAAAUCGAAAUGUUUUAGUGUCGAAUUAAUGAAAUUAGGGGUAACUCUGUGAUGCGGGCAAUCAAUAUGAGGUGCUCUGCCCAGUCAACUAUCGUCCACCGAAUGAUACAGUGGGCGUUCACAAAUAACAAAAAGAUAAAAACUGCAUUUUGAUUCGGUAGUAAGAUGAAGUUCCAUUGCAAAGAUAAGUUUUCUUUCGAUUAAUUGAAACUAAACUUGCUCCCAUCAUAAUUUAAAAAAUGGACGGGAGGAAAUUAAACAUGCAUUGAGUAAAAAUGAACGUGUAUAUUUAAUUAAAAACUUUUAAAUUAAAAAUGUUUUUCAUGAAUAACAAAUAUAAUUUAUAAUCCCUUA